AUGGCCAAGCACGACGACGCCGCGUCGUCGGCUCCGUCCGGCACGACCCACACGAACGCGCCCAACCCACUCUUUGGCCGCCAGCGCGACGACCUCUUUGCGUUCCAUGAGCCCGAGGGCGCGUCGCGUCUCAAGCGCUGGUUCCUCGGCGCCCCCGGGCCGCUCUUCGGCGCGAUCCUAGCGCUCGUUCUCACGUACGCCUUCAAGGACGUGCACAUGCACAUCACGGUCGCGCGGACCAUCAUUGCGAUCGGGAACCUCUACUUCCGCGCGAUGGAGUGCGUCGUCAUGCCCCUUGCGUUCAUCGACAUCAUUCUCAACGUGGCCGAAUUCACGCACAGCUUCCGCACCCACCGGCUGCGGUGGCACACGCUCGGCCUUGCGCUCCUCACAACCGGCCUCGCGAUCGGCCAAGCGUUCACGUGGGAGGCGCUGGUCGGUACCGAGCUCGACGGUGCGCGCUACGUCUAUAUCGAGCUGCCGUUCAUGGAGCUCCAGUGCCCGUCGGCCAACAACGCGUCGCUGUACCUCCAGAGCGACCCAGUCACGGGCCGCAUGGCGUGCGGCGCCCAAGACAACUCGACGACGUUCUACAUUGGCGACCACGUGUUUCCCGUCCUCUCGGGUCUGAUUCGGCGCAAGGACUAUGCGAAUGCGGGCGACGAGCUGCAAUCGGCGGUCGCCGACUUGAUCCCGAGCAACAUCUUCCAAGCGUUUAUUGCGCACAACCUGCUGAGCUUGGCGACGUUUGCGCUCCUCAUUGGUGUCGCACUCGGUCUCUCGGGGAAGAACCAAGGGUCGGACGCGACCAACCGGCUCCGGCACACGCUGAUCGAGGCCAGCGCGACGCUCGAGACAAUGCUCUCGUACAUCAUCACAGUGACGCCGAUUGCUAUGGUGCCCAUGAUCACGGGCCCGAUCUUUGCGCGCACACACACUCUCAGCUCGGUCUUUCCGCGUCUUGGCAUCUACGCCGGCGUGUACGUGGCGGGCGCUGCGAUUCAUACGUUUGUGAUUCUGCCGCUUGUGUCGGCGAUUUUCACAGCGUCGAGUCCGCUUCGGUUUCUGCGGGCGACAAAAGAGGCCCUCUGGUACGGGUUUGGGUCGGGCUCGUCGCGCAAGACGCUACCUGUGACCAUGCGCUGCUUGGACCCGCACGUCUCGAACCGCGUCGCGUGCCGCGCGGCCCUCAAGGUCGGCAACUGCUUCAACAAGAACGGUGGCGCCUUCCACAUUGCACUUUCGCUCAUCUGGAUCUUCCACGACGCAGGGCUCAAGUUCAUGCUCACGCCGGUCAAGAUGGUGGUGAUUGCAGUCUGCGCACUCCUCGGCUCCAUGUGCGUCGCGCCCGUCCGCAACGGCGCCGUGCCCGUUGUGAUUGUCAUCUUUACCACGCUCACGGACCUCCCGACACCGUACGCGUACAGUUACCUCAUGAUUGCCGAAACGUUCAUUGACCCGAUCUCGACCGUCAUGAACGUCCUCGGGAACGCCGUCGUCGCUCAUAUUGUCGGCCGCCAAACGACGCCGACGACCAUGUUUGCGAUCUAGUAAGUCGUUGGGUCGAUGGACUAGAGACGUCUGACUAUAUACAUUGUAUCCGCGUGGUCCGGCCUGUGAAGACGCCAACGGAACUUCAGCGCAAAAGACAUUAUUUAAACCUAUACUAGUAAUAGGAACAAGAACAACGUGGAUGCUGGU